AGUCCAAACGUUUUCGAAGCGACCGCGCAUUCCGCGUCGUCACUCCAGUACAGAAAGGAUGCCGAAGGGACGGGACUAUCCUUCCGGACGCGCGGUCGACGGUCACCAGGAACUGCCAGGAGAUGACAGCACGUUUCUGUUCACGUCUGAAUCUGUCGGAGAAGGACAUCCCGACAAGAUCUGUGACAUGAUCAGCGAUGCCGUGCUCGACGCUUACCUCGCCGUGGAUCCGAACGCCAAGGUCGCUUGCGAGACUGCGGCAAAAACCGGCAUGGUGCUCCUGGCCGGGGAGAUCACGGCCAACGGCACCAUCGAUUACCAACAGGUAGUUAGGGACGCCAUCAACCAGAUCGGUUACGACGACGCAUCGAAGGGUUUCGACUACAAGACGUGUAACGUAGUGGUGACAAUAGAACAGCAAAGUCAGCACAUCGCCAGCGGAGUCCACAAGAACCGUGACGAGGAAUCCAUCGGUGCCGGCGAUCAGGGUCUGAUGUUCGGAUACGCCACCGACGAGACGGACGAGUGCAUGCCCCUCACCAUAGUUCUGGCUCAUAAAAUGAAUCAACGUCUGGCUGAGCUGCGGAGAAGCGGAACGUUUUGGUGGGCCAGACCCGACUGCAAGACCCAGGUGACUUGCGAGUAUAAAUUCGUCGACGGAGCGGCUAUCCCGCUCCGCGUUCAUACUGUCGUGGUAUCCACUCAACACUCGGAGAAAAUUUCCCUCGACGAGCUCCGCGAGCAGGUCACCGAGCAGGUGGUUAGAGCUGUCAUUCCGAAAAAGUACCUCGACAAGAAGACCAUCAUCCACGUGAAUCCUUGUGGAACCUUCAUCGAAGGAGGUCCGAUGGGUGACGCCGGCCUGACCGGAAGGAAAAUCAUCGUCGAUACUUACGGAGGCUGGGGCGCUCACGGCGGCGGGGCAUUCUCCGGUAAAGACCCGACGAAAGUCGACAGAUCCGCUGCCUACGCCGCACGCUGGGUUGCGAAGUCUCUCGUGAAGUCAGGACUCGCCAAACGCUGCUUGGUACAGCUGUCCUAUGCUAUUGGCAUCGCGGAGCCGAUCUCCAUCUCUGUCUUCAGCUACGGAACCUCAACGAAAUCUUCGAAAGAGUUGCUCGAAAUCGUGAAGAGCAACUUCGACCUUCGACCAGGCAGAAUAAUCAAAGAUCUCCGCCUCAAGGACCCCAUAUACUAUCGGACCGCUGCGUACGGUCAUUUUGGUAGAGAGCAGUUCAAUUGGGAGAAGCCAAAGAAAUUAGUUUACUGAGAAAUGUUCCGGUGUCGGGAGUUUUGAAUAUGUUUUUGUUGGAUAUGUUUCCAUUCCAAGAGAUAAAUGGCUAUUAUUCCUU